AUUUUCUGCCCCUUCCCAUCAGCAGCAGCAGCCCCCCCCCCACCGCGCGCUUUGGAUCAAAGGGGAGGAGCAGGAGCGAAAGAGAGAUCGCGCCCCCUAACCUCACCUCCCACCCCCCAAUUUUUUAUUUUAAACCAGGCAACCCCCCCCCCCGAAAGAAAAAAGAGAGAAUUGGAGAUUCCGCAGAGAUCUGCUAGACUUCCUGGUGCAAAACGAUGUUCCAGACAUUAUGCAACUACUUCUGGUGGGACCGGCUCUGGUUGCCGUCCAACCUCACCUGGGCGGACGUCGAAUUCAGCGAAGGCCGCGUGGCCCCAAAGUCCAGCGACUUGUAUAUCACCAUCCCUCUAGCAUUUGUCUUCCUCAUCAUCAGGCACCUCUUUGAGAUAUACGUGGCAACUCCGCUAGCAGGUCUUUUGAACGUCAAGGAGAAAGUGCGGUUAAAAGCCACUCCGAAUCCCGUCCUAGAGAAAUUUUAUACGACGUCCUGUAAACACCCCAAACAGGCAGACAUCGAGGGCCUCUCGAAGAAAAGCGGCUGCAGCCCCCGGCAGGUCGAGCGCUGGUUCCGCCGGCGGCGCAAUCAGGACCGGCCCAGCUUGCUCAAGAAAUUUCGGGAGGCCAGUUGGAGAUUCACCUUUUACCUUCUUGCUUUCAUUGCUGGCACGGCCGUCAUAGCUGACAAACCUUGGUUCUACAACCUCAGGCUAGUUUGGGAAGGAUACCCUACACAGAACCUGCUGCCGUCCCAGUACUGGUAUUACAUGAUAGAGCUCUCGUUUUACUGGUCCCUGUUGUUCAGCAUCGCCUCGGACGUGAAGAGGAAGGACUUCAAGGAACAGGUCAUCCACCACGUAGCGACCAUCGUCCUGAUUAGCUUCUCGUGGUACACCAACUACAUCCGGGCCGGGACACUCAUCAUGGCCCUGCAUGACUCCUCGGACUACUUGCUGGAGUCGGCGAAAAUGUUCAACUACGCAGGUUGGAAGAACAUGUCCAACAACAUCUUCAUCGUCUUCGCCACCAUCUUCAUCGUCACGCGACUCAUCAUCCUUCCGUUCUGGAUCCUCCAUUGCACCAUGGUGUACCCCUUGGAAAUAUACCCAGCUUUCUUCGGCUACUAUUUCUUCAACCUCAUGAUGGUGAUUUUGCAGUCCCUGCACAUAUUUUGGGCGUACCUCAUUAUCCGGAUGGCCCAGAAAUUCAUAACUGGAAAGGUGGUGGAGGACGAGCGCAGCGACCGUGACGAGACAGACAGCACCGGGGAGGAGGAAGAGGAGUUGGAAGAAGAGAAAGCUGCCUCAGCACCCACAAAGAACGGCCCCCUAAGCAACGGGCACCCCGUAUUGAACAAUAACCACCGAGUGAAAACCAAUUGAUCGCUCGACGUCCAUUUUCGGUACCCCGGCCUCCUCCGCUUCCAGGGGGGACUCCCGUCUGCCACCAGAACCCAGAUCUUUAUUUUCAUUUUUGAAGCCAAAAAGAAAACAAAACUUCCUCUGUGGAGCUGCAGCUGGAAGCACCGCCCCCUGCCUCCCCACCAGCUCCUCUCUCCAUCCUUGGACCCUCCAAGUACCCGAAGAAUCGCCGGGUUCAUUUCAAGACGGGAUCCUGAGACACUCGCCGCUUUUCCUUGGGGCAAAGCGAGCGGCCCUUUUCUGGAGCUUGCAAACAGGGCUCGUUUUUCUCUCCCCUUUAUGUGUGGGAAGAACGGCAGAGUUGGGGGAGCAUGGUUGCCCUUCCCUCCUUGAGCCCCUGUCCUGAAUCCACCUUGGAAAGCAGCCCUGAGACCCCUCACACGUUGCCAACCCCCUCCUCACCCACCCAAAACCCCCCCUCCACAAAAUUGGGCAAGCAGAGAGCAACUUCUCCGCCCCACCCCAGAAAAGACACACGUCUUUUUUUCCUUCCAAGCACACUCAAAAGGAACCAACACUGGCGGGGAAAGCACUCCGCUUGUCAAGUGUCUAGUCCUCAUCGAGGCCUCUUUUCCCCGUGCCAAAGGCCCUCCUGCUUGUAAACAUGUCAGGAAAGCUGGGCUCAGCUCUCAAGCCUCCUUCCCCCCCCCAUCCCAGAUCUGCUAUAUCCUACACCAUGGACACAAAUAUUUUGGGUACAAGCGGGUGGGCUGUAGCUGAGAGUAAGGUUGGGGUUUCCGCCCCAGUCCCCCUUUGCCGCUUACAGGGACAACCCCUGCGCCUUCGCUCUGCCAGAGUCAGGAAACUGAGUCAAGCAGGCGCCGUCGGUGCGGCGCUACAGUUCCCGUCUCCUCUGAGCACAUCUACCCAACUGUGUCUUGAUACCUUUUUAAAAACCAGGCCAGGAGUCCCACCACCGGUCCUGCCUUAACUCCAAAGCCUUUCGAUAUCCGUUUUUGGUUAUCGUAGAAGCCAUAUUACUCCUUUGCAAAGCCUGGCUCUGUUUUAUUAGCUGCAGCGAAAGAAACGGCGAGAGGGAGAUGGAUAAAUACGUCUUCUAGUCCUCAAGGUAUGCCCAGUGCCCCACACACUUGUAAGGCCCUGGAGUUUUGACCUCUGCCUUUACUGACCCCCCCAGCCCAAUAGGAAGAGGUUUUUAAUUUGCAAAAAAAGUAUUUAAUUAAAGAAGCGAUUGGAUUACGGUGAGUCCACAGGCGAGGGAAUCACAGGUAGAGGGUUUUAUUUUUUUGGAGAUCAUGUUCAGAUGAGAUCAUGGAGGAUUUACUCACCUUUUUUCCUGGGUAUUUUAGUUUGUUUGGGGUGGGGGAGAUGUUUCGGCACGCUAAUUCAGAUAGGUCAAUGAUGCCAGAAGGCUGAAAACUCAGUGAUGGUCUUUAUUUUCCUUUUCUUAAAAGAGCUUUCUCUAAACUGCACCACCUUCCUCCUGUAGAGAAUUUAAUUCAAUGCACACUAUUUCACUUUAGUCCCCUGCGUUCCUUCUCUUAGGAAUGUAAUACUUUCCUUUUGCCCCCAACUCCACAAUCCUUUUCUCAUCCUAUUAAAAAAAACCACACCCACAGAGGUACACCCA